AUGGUAAUGGGCACCCUUCGAGACCUGCAGUUGGCGCUUCAGGAGAAGAUAGAAGAGCUCCGCCAACGAGACGAACUCAUCGACGAACUGGAGAUGGAGUUAGAUGAAAAAGAUGCGGUGAUUCAGAGGCUGCAGACGGAACUGGAUAAAUACAGAUCUGUGAUGCCUUCAACAGCGGUCAACAGUCCAGGUCUGCAGCGUCAAGUACAGUACCCGGAUCUGAACUUUCCAACUACCAAGCACCAAGUGUUAAAUUUGAAAUCUGCAACAGUAAAAAAGACUGCAGCUAUAGCUAAUGGCGGAAUCGUUGGUGCAAGUAGUGGAGCUGCCACGGGUGGAUCUGUUCAACGGGAAGAACGGACUAAACGUUUAGCCAUUUCGGCAGAACCUUGUAAUUUGAAUUCUCAGCAGUUGCUGAAAACACAGAGGAAUAAGACUUUUCCGAAGAGUUACGCGUAA